GCCAACUAAAGUGGUGCGAAACAUAUCCUGUUCCUCUCUUCCACAGACCAUUUUCUCUCCGUGAAUAUAUCGACGGCGUUUGAUUCCGACGGCCUCCGGCCUCCUGUGGACGAGGCACUCGUGGGAGGUUGAUACUUGAGAGGGUUCCGGUUGUGAGCGGGAGGCAGAAUUUCAGGUGGAGGCGGAUGCGCGCGGCUACAGCUGGAGUUGAUACUUUCGAUGUGGUAAUCGCGGCAAAGGACCGACGCCCCGCCGAGUUGCCGCCACACGGAGCAAGGCCUCAGUGAGGCACUGGAGUACGGGGCUUCUGCGCGAGCUCCACCACACCAGUGUCAGCGUGUGGAAGCGGCGAUAGCGGCAUGGGCCGAUUCCGUCUCACCAGCCUGGAGGCACGCAAGGUGUUUGUUAGAAUGCUUAGCAGCGGGGUAGGCGGCAGCGAUGCCGCUGUGGAGGCUUUCGACCCUGCCAAGCGCCUCUGCAAGCUCAUCAUCUCCUGCCGGCAGGCCUCGGGGCUUGAGAUCGAGCUCGACCACAGCGACCUCCGAGUCACCCCGGAUGUCGCAGAGCGCGUCCUCGAGCGCCUCGACAACGCUGGCAUGCUCGCGUAUCGGUUCUUCGAGUGGGCGCGCAAGCAGAGGCGCGGCGGCGGCUGCGCCCACACCGUCCGCUCCUUCCACACGGUGGUCGCGUCCCUCGCCAAGAUCCGCCAGUACCAGCUCAUGUGGGACGUCGUUGCCAUAAUGCGCCGGCAGGGUGUGGUUAAUGUCGAGACGUUUGGCAUCAUAAUGCGGAAGUAUGCACGGGCACAGAAGGUCGAUGAAGCUGUUUACACAUUCAACGUCAUGGAGAAGUACGGCGUGGUGCCUAACCUCGCUGCUUUCAACAGCCUGCUUUGCGCGCUGUGUAAGUCCAAGAACGUGCGCAAGGCGCAGGAGAUCUUUGAACAGAUGAAUGGCCGGUUCAGCCCUGAUGCCAAGACCUAUAGCAUCUUGCUGGAGGGUUGGGGGAGAGCGCCUAAUCUCCCAAAGAUGCGAAAGGUCUACAGUGACAUGCUGGAUGCAGGCUGCCAACCUGACAUAGUCACAUAUGGCAUCAUGGUUGAUUCCCUCUGCAAGACAGGCCGUGUUGAGGAAGCUGUCUUUGUGGUGCAGGACAUGACCUCCAGGGGCUGCCAACCAACAACUUUCAUAUACAGCGUGCUCGUGCAUACUUAUGGCGUUGAAAUGAGGAUCGAGGAUGCUGUUGCGACAUUCUUGGAUAUGCAGAAGGAUGGUAUUGUGCCAGAUGUUGUGGUUUAUAAUGCGCUUGUCACUGCCUUCUGCAAAGUGAAAAAAUUUGACAACGCAUUUAGAGUCAUGGAUGACAUGGAAGGCCAUGGAAUCACCCCAAACUCAAGGACCUGGAACAUCAUCCUUAACAAGCUGAUUAGCCUUGGAAAGGAUGACGAAGCAUACAGGGUCUUCCGCCGUAUGAUAAAGCGCUGCCAACCAGAUUCUGAUACAUAUACCAUGAUGAUUAAGAUGUUCUGUGAGAAUGACAGGUUAGAGAUGGCACUGAAGGUAUGGAAAUAUAUGAGAUUGAAGCAGUUUCUGCCGAGCAUGCACACGUUCUCUGUGCUAAUCAACGGGCUGUGUGACAAGGGUGAGGUUAGCCAAGCUUGUGUUCUGCUUGAAGAUAUGAUAGAGAAGGGCAUUAGACCCCCUGGUUCAACAUUUGGCAAGCUAAGGCAGCUCCUUCUGAAGGAAGGAAGGAAGGAUGUGCUUGAAUUUCUCGUUGACAAAAUGAAGAUUCUGAUACAGGAACCUUUGUUUGAUUGACCACUCAUUAUGUUACAAUGGCUUGAGGGGGCAAAUGUCCAAUUCUCCAGGAUGGAUAAGGUAAAGGUAAAAUCCAGUUGUAAGAAAAUAAAGCCAUUGACAAGAGGCAUAGAGGUUUCCUGUGGAAAGGUGAAGAAAAAGCCAACAGUGGCAAGCAAACCCAAAUGGCUAUGGCUAUGGCUAUGGCUGUAAACAACAGAUGCCUCAAGACCCUGAGCGGAGUUCCACUCAGUGCUCAAGCGCUUUUUGGGGUAGCGGUGGAAUCCAUUGUGGGCAACGGGAGGCAAGAAAAUUCUGGUCUCACCGGUGGUUGCAAGGCACAACAAUCACUGAGUUGGCUCCUAACUUGAUCAAGUUUUUUAAACAUCGAACUGUUGCUCAAGCCCUGAACAGCCAAGGAAGGGUAAAACAUCAAAGGCGCCUAACGGUACAAGUGAAAUGUUGAGUAUAUUCACAUCUGGGACAUGGUUGAAAAUCUGGUCUUACACCAGAAAGUUCCUGAUCAGCAGCGGCGGCAUUUCACUCGGUCAGGUUCCUACAUCAGUAUGUCUUCAUAUCAUGCUUCCUUCAUUGGAACCAUCAAGUUCGCACCUUGGAAACGAAUCUGGAAAAGUUGGGCUCCCCUGCACUGCAAUUUUUCAUUUGGUUACUUGUAAACUGUUGAAGUGUAUAUAUGGAUUGUCUAGCCUUUUUUAUUAAUUUGAACUUUUGGUUGCGUUGGCUAAUGCAUGGAACUUAACAUGGUAUCAGAGUCCAAGGUCUUGAGUUCAAGUCUUGGUUUCAGAAUUUAUCCAAAAAAAUGUUGUUCUCUCCUUUA